UUAGAGAGAAAAUGUUUGAAGAGCCCACAAGUCUUGCAAACAUUGCGGUUAGGCGCGCACAUCUGGGACGAGGCAAAUCUGGAGCAAGGUUUUCUUCAUCUGUUUCUGGCAUAUCUGGAUUGAGGUGUGAGUCGUUGCGCUGCGAAGUAAUAGGCGCACCAAUGAGACGUCCUUCGCCGUUAUAGUCGAGUGUAAUUGCGCUCACUCACCUCGUGUGAACCUACAUCAUGGCUCUACAGCCGGGCGACGUCCGGCCUGAUCCAACGUCUGAUCUUCACUGGUCCGACUACCGGGGAGCAAUCCAUGAGAUCUUUUCAGCCAAUGCGAAAGCCCAUCCUGGACGCACUUGUAUUGUUGAGACGGCUUCAUCGACGACACCAGAGCGAGUGUUCAACUAUGCGCAGAUCAACGAAGCAUCUAACAUUCUGGCCCACCAUCUCGUCGACCAUGGUAUCGAGCGAGGUGAGGUUGUUAUGGUUUACGCACACCGCGGCGUUGAUCUUGUGGUUGCCGUAAUGGGCGUCCUCAAAGCAGGAGCUAUCUUCAGUGUGAUCGAUCCCGCUUACCCUGCAGAUAGGCAGAUCAUCUAUCUCGACGUUGCGAAGCCGAGAGCGCUAGUAGUGAUUGAGAAGGCAACCACAGACGCUGGUCCUCUCUCGUCUAGCGUACGAGACUACAUCGACAGGAAGCUGCAGCUCCGCACAACGGUGCCAGCACUUAAGCUUCGUAAUGAUGGCUCUUUGCAGGGAGGGUUGGGGGCAGGGUCGAAUGAUUUGCUGUCCGAAUCUGUUGCGAAGAAGGCUGAUAUGCCAGGCGUGGUUGUGGGACCAGACAGCACGCCAACGCUCUCUUUCACUUCAGGCUCUGAAGGCAGACCAAAAGGCGUCAAAGGCCGUCACUUCUCAUUAGCGUACUACUUCCCAUGGAUGGCCAAACGUUUCGGCCUGUCGGAGAAGGAUCGCUUUUCCAUGCUCAGCGGUAUCGCUCACGACCCGAUCCAACGCGACAUCUUCACUCCCCUAUUCUUGGGUGCCAGCCUCAUAGUACCGUCGGCGGAGAACAUCACCUUUGACAAGCUCGCCAAAUGGGCGAGUGACAACGGUAUUACAGUGACUCACCUCACGCCGGCCAUGGGUCAGAUUCUGCUAGGUUCCAUGGAGCCAAAAGUGACGAGCCUCCACGGCGCAUUCUUCGUCGGCGACGUGCUAUUGAAGCGUGAUUGUCGAAGACUUCAGCAGCUUGCGCCAAACUGUCGGAUUAAGAAUAUGUACGGUACGACUGAAACGCAACGAGCAGUAUCUUUCUACGAGAUACCGUCCCUGCAGGAAGAUCCGACCUUCUUGGACAAGAUGGGAGAUGUUAUUCCCGCAGGUACGGGUAUGCUUGACGUCCAACUUCUUGUGGUAGAUCGUGAGAAGAAGGAAAGACAGUGUGAAGUCAAGGAAAUCGGAGAGAUAUAUGUUCGAGCCGGUGGGCUUGCUGAGCACUACUUGGGUGAUGAGGAGAAAUCGCGACAGAAGUUCGUGCCGAAUUGGUUCGUCGACCCACAACGAUGGAUCGAGGAGGACAAAGAGCGGGCUGCCGCCGCCACCAAGCCUCAGCCGUGGCGUCAGUACUACUUCGGUCCCCGAGAUCGAAUGUACCGUUCUGGCGAUCUCGGUCGGUAUAUGGAAGAUGGCAACGUUGAGUGUGUUGGUCGAGCAGAUGAUCAAGUGAAAAUACGUGGCUUCCGCAUUGAGCUCGGCGAGAUAGAUACUCAUCUCAGUCAACACCCGCUCAUUCGUGAGAACGUGACGUUGGUCAAGCGAGAUCACAACGAGGAGCAGAUUCUUGUAUCGUACUACGUCCCGGAAAUGCAGCGAUGGCGCGAGUGGUAUGCUGAGCACGAGAAACGUAUGUCGAACGAUCACAUGACGAAUGGCAUCAAUGGUACGCUGGACGUACCGAAAAGUAUAAGACGGAGAGUGUCAGCGAAGGAAGAGAUGGAUGUUCCUCAACGGAUGCGCAUCUUCGAAAUGCUGACAAUCGACGUGCGGGACCGGCUAAAGCAGAAGUUGCCAGUGUACGCUGUUCCGACGCUCUUCAUCCCCAUGCUUCGGCUACCACUCACGCCCAAUGGCAAGGUUGACCGGCGUGCAUUACCGUUUCCUGGUGCUGCAGAGCUAUUGGGCGCCAUGCCCAAGGCAACCGACGUCGGCGAAAGAACGGAGACGGAAAAGGAACUCGCCAAGAUCUGGGCACAGUUUCUUCCAGCGACCGCAGACUCCAUGUCUCGAGACGCGUCGUUCUUCGACAUGGGCGGCAACAGCAUCAUGACCGUACAGAUCAUCCCAAGAAUCAAUAAGCGGUGGGAGGGCGUCAACGUCCAGCCCAACGUCAUGGUGGCCGGCCAGCCUACGCUCAAGUCUGUCGGACGUUAUAUCGACCGGUCUCUCAACCCAGUUGGCCUGCGUCUCGACGCUACAGCCGGCGAGGAAGAGGAGCAGCAAGCGGAGUUGUAUUCGAACGAUCUUGCUAAGCAGAUUGAGCAGCUUCCGGCAUCGAUUCCGACCAUCUCCUCGGAGUACCCGAGAGUCGCUACCGGAAUGAACGUGCUGCUGACGGGUGCUACGGGCUUUCUGGGCGCUUACAUACUUCACGACUUGAUGAUGCGGUCGCCGCCUAACCAUGUCUACGCUCAUGUCCGAGCACCGUCGCAACAGGAAGCCCAGGAACGUCUUCGGCUCACGUGUACUGCAUACGGCUUAUGGCAGGAUUGGUGGUUGACAGAGGGCGUGCUCGAAGUUGUGCAAGGCGAUCUCGAGAAGCCUCACCUAGGCAUUAAUGAAGAGAUGUAUGCAAAGAUCGCUGAAGACUGCGAUCUCAUUAUUCACAAUGGCGCUCGAGUGCAUUGGCUGCUACCCUAUCAGUCGCUCAAGGCGGCCAAUGUUCAGCCCACCAUUGAGUGCAUCAAGCUGUGUGCGACUGAGAAGCCGAAGAGGCUCGCGUUUGUCAGCUCGACAAGCGCUCUGGACUCCGAGUAUUACCUCGAGCAGACUAGGGAAGGCAAUAGAGUCUUGGAGUCCGAUAAUCUGGAGGGCAGUCGUCAAGGCCUUGCUACAGGCUACGGACAGACAAAGUGGGUCUCGGAGAAGGUGAUCAAUGAAGCCUGCAAGCGCGGUCUUAGCGGCGUCAUCGUACGUUCUGGGUACAUUCUUGGUGAUCCGACAACAGGCAUCAGCAAUACGGACGACUUCCUCAUUCGGAUGCUGAAGGGCUGCAUUCAGAUCGGCUCAAGACCUGAUGUCGAGAACACGAUCAACAUGGUUCCCGUCACGCACGUGGCUCGUUUGAUCAGUGCCACUGCUUUUUAUGGCACCAAGGGGUCUGUGUCUCACGUCGAAGCGCACCCGCGUCUGACUUUCAACGGAUUCCUGGAGACGCUAGAAAAAUAUGGGUACAGCAGCCCAAUAGAGAACUACCAGUCCUGGAGACAGAAGGUUGUCGACUACGUCCAGAGCACCGCCAAGUCGCAAAAGGAAGAGCUCGCUCUUCUUGGAUUGUACCACAUGGUCACUGGAGAUCUGCCAGAGGCCACUAUUGCGCCUAACCUUGGUGAUCGGAGGGCACAACAGGUGCUAAACGACGAUACUCAGCAUACCGGUGUUACAACACCGACAGGCGUAACCCAGGCAGCUGUAGGUGCCUAUCUAGCUUUUCUGGUGGCGCGAGGCUUCAUGCGUGCACCGUCAUCGAGCGCUAUACCGCUACCAGAGAUCCAUCUUACGACUUCCCAGAGCGAUGCGCUCAACAAAGUCGGCGGGAGAGGCGGCACGACAGCUUAAGAAGGUGUAACAUCUUGCAACGUCUGACAUCUGCAUUUACCCACCACAUCAGACACUUCACUUAUCCCACAUUGAGGCGGUAAGCAAAAUAGGCCAACGGCAUAAUAGCUUAAAGAUCCCAUGAUUGAGUUGGGACAUCGUCAGAGUGAAGUUGUUAUCCACGUUAGAUUGUACAUGAUCAUAAUCUACAUGCUGUAGAGAGGCUUGUGUAACCCCACUCGUGCAACGCUACUGCUCCUGAUAGAUGUCGAAUGCGCUCUUAUAUUCGAAGAAGCUAGCCUUGUAGUAG